AUGUGGAGUGACCAGGUCAUGGGUCAGCUUCUUCUCAAAUGUGAACAAGAACAUCAUAUCCGUGUCCUGUCUGAAAAUGCCUUCCGCGGCCUGGUGAAUCUUGACCGCCUGUUGCUGCAUGACAACCGCAUCCGACAAGUCCAUCGGCGAGCCUUCCGUGACCUGGGCAGAUUGACCAUCCUCUAUCUCUUCAACAACUCUCUGCAGGAGCUUCCAGGCCAGGUGUUGAAGGAUACGUCAUUGGUGCAGUUUCUCAGGCUCAAUGGUAACCCCUGGACCUGCGGCUGUGAAGCCAGGUCGCUAUGGGAGUGGUUCCGCAAAGCUCGGAUCUCCAGCUCAGACCUAACAUGCUCUUCACCAGCCCCUCGUAAAGGCCAGGACCUGAGGUUCCUGCGGGAGCUGGACUUCGCCCUCUGCCCGUUACCUGACCCAGGAUCCCUGGCUGGCACUACAACCACCACCUUCAGCACCAAGACCCGUUGGUGGUUCUCCAAGAACAAACCGGCCUCAUCAUCCAAGAGCCACGUUCACAAGAGCAGCGAGACCUUGAAGGCUUUUCCAUUCACCUCUGUCAAACAUCCCUCAUCUUCAUCAUCCAAGUACGAUCUCACAGUGGAGGAGGCUGCUUUACCCAAGCUGGAGCCUGAAGAGUACUGGGCAAACUAUGGCAAUGAGGAUGCAGCCUCAGUCCGCUGUUUCGAGCUUGAAUGUCCACCAGGAUACGACUCUCCCAUUCUCCCAUCUUCCUCUUCGUCUUCACUUCUGUCCUUCCUCUCGCUCACAGCACUUACUCUCUCUUUUCACCUUCUCUUCAGCUGAGUUUUCCUUCUCCUCCUCUUCUUCUUCUGUUAUGCUCCACUACCUUUCUCCUGCAAUCGGGCUUAUGCUAAAAAAUGCAUAGAAGCAGCCAUGCAGGAAAGGGUGACAAGACUGGCACACAACAACAAAUUAAAGACAACACACACUGUGCAAUUCAUAAAGUACAACAGAGACAGAGCUACUGCAUGCAUGCACUGCCAGCAGGCUUUGCAACACCACCUCAAGUCACGUCCUUCUCUAAAAUCAGAGAACACAGGACAAGUAGAGGGGCAAAGAGAAAAAAGGCAGUGAUGUGGAAAAUUAAACUAGAGGUCAAUGCCAAAGAUGGCAGGGAAAGUUUCAACAUGGAGAGGAAAACUCUCAUGCUGACAAAUGAGCUUACGUCAGUUAUCAAAUUACCGUCACAUCAUCAUGUAAAUAGGAACAUACACAAACUAGACAUACUUUUCCAACAGGAGACUGUCAAUAGACUAGAGAGUAGAUCUAUUUGUCUUUUUGGUGAAUGCUGGGUACUAAACCAUACACUAUCAGAUACAGUGGCUC